AUGGAGGACUAUCUGUCCAUUUUGGACAAGCUGAGGAACGCAGGAUCCAUUAUCGACCUGACCUUUCUUAGCAGUAGCCUGGCUCCAAGAGCCUCCUGGAAGGUCUGUAGGGACUUCACCUACAGCGAUCACCAAGCCAUCAUUACUGAUAUAAGGAAACGACCCGAAGUUGCGGCAGUUCCGAGAGUAACCAGGUACCGAGAGAACACUCUUGACAUCGACAUGUUCGAGCAUAUGAUGCAAGGGUUGCAACUUAGCGGCACGGCGACUGACAUGACCAAGCAGAUCAUGUCUCAGUUGACACGAGCAUGCAAUGCCUCAAUGAAGAAGGUCGGGAACGGAGCAAAGCAUCAGCCGGUGUACUGGUGGACUAACGAAAUUGCAGUGGCUCGGAGAGAAUGCUGUCAGGCACGAAGAUCUCUUCAGAGAGCCCUCAAACGCGGAAAUCCAGACGCGUCUUCGCUAUUGCUCGAGCUAAAGACAAAAAGGCGAACACUGAAAGGUCUAAUUAAAGCAAGCAAGAACCGACUCUUCCUGGAGCUGUGUGACCAAGCCGAACAGGACCCUUGGGGAUCGGCCUACAAGAUUACGAUGAGGAAGUUGAAUGCCUUCUCAUCGCCAAGCCCGAAGUGCCCAGAACUCUUGAGGAAAAUAGUGUCUCAUCUGUUCCCACAGCAACCAGCCCGAAACGACAACAAUGAGGUUGCAGGACUUGCUGACUGGAACAGGAUUCAGUUUGACGAAGUCUCGGAUAGAGAGGUCUUAGCAGCAGCGCACAGGAUAAAACCUGCUUACCGGCCAAUCUGUCUGCUGGACAUCGUAGGCAAGGUACUCGAACGCGUUAUUUGCACGCGACUGGAAGCCGAGGUUGACAUCAAAUGGGGUCUUUCACCAUAUCAAUUUGGUUUCAGAAAGGCACACUCCACACAACAAGCGGUACAGGUGGUCUCACACAUAGCAGCCACAGCAAUAGAGGGUAAGCGGUGGCUCUGGGGUACCAAACAGUAUUGCCUAGUGGUCACUCUAGAUGUCAAGAACGCUUUUAACUCCGCCAACUGGGGGAGAAUCAUGCAAUGCCUGAUCCAAAGGAACAUUGAGCCGCACAUCGUCCGCAUAAUAGGCAGUUACCUCGAAGGAAGGUCACUACGCUAUCGGACCAACCACGGAAGCGUCAACCAAGUAGUUACUGGAGGGGUUCCACAAGGCUCAGUUCUUGGUCCGACGCUGUGGAACUUAAUGUACGACGGAAUACUGAGACUUGAUCUGCCGGAAGGGGUUAAGAUUAGUUGCCAGUGCGUUUCGCACAGUCUCUGGGAAGCAGCGCACGUGAUAGCGGGCAUCACUCCGUUCGAUCUGCUGGUCACCGAGAUCAGCAGAAAAUACUGCACAGGAAAUCACCUCACAAGCCGUCAGAUCAUGCUGAUCGAGUGGCAACAACGGUGGACCGAAGCUCCCAAGGGAAGAUGGACAUGGAAACUGAUUCCAUCGGUCGAAGCUUCCUUAGUGGACACGGGUGUUUCCGAGCAUAUCUUCAUCGCUUUGGGCACGCUGACGAUCCAUCAUGCCCAAGGUGUGGAGUAG